AUGGAUGCCAAGAAUGUCGAUACAACCGUGGCGGUGGCCGAAAAUCAGAACAAGGCAACAGUUAAUGCCCUUUACAAGGCAGUAGCAACAGGCGAUGCCACCACGGUUGCCGGAGUUGUUACUAGUGACCUAGAAUGGUGGUUCCACGGCCCACAAAACUGUCACCAUAUGAUGAAAAUGCUGACCGGAAUAUCGUCUCCAUCGGCAUUCAAGUUUGAGCCUCGUAGCAUUGAUGCCAUCGAUGACUGUGUAAUUGUGGAAGGGUGGGAAGGAGCCCAGGUUUACUGGGUGCAUGUUUGGUCUUUAAAAGAUGGCUUAAUUACUCAGUUUAGAGAAUACUUCAAUACUUGGCUGACUGUCACAGAUUUUAGAAGCUGUUUGAGUUCAAUUUUGUUGUGGGAGAGCCACCCUAAAGCCGUCGGCAAACGGUCAUUGCCGGAGCUUAUGCUUGCCAUUUGA